UCCUUCCAUUACCAUCGUGGUGAAGAUGGCGGAGCACAAGUCGGUGCCGAGCGAUUUGUAUAAAUGCGUCUACUCAUUUCUGCUGGAGAACAAAUUCACUAAGGCGGCUCAACAAUUUGUUAGACAAAUUAAAGUGGGCCCACAGGAUCCAAAUGAGGAAAGCCUUCUUAACAUAUACGAUUUCUGGGUGAAAUCUCCUGAAGCUAAGAAACGAAAAGCAUCUUCUGACACGACCCAAGCCACUGGCCCAUCAGCCAAGAAGGCAAAAGCCAGCAAAGAGAGCUCCAGCAGUGAAGAGUCCAGCAGUGAGGAUGAUGAAGCUGAUGCUAAACAAAAAAAGGCUACCCCUGCUACCAAGGUGGCAUCUCUGAAGGCAGCGGCUACAAAAGCUGAGUCCAGCAGCAGUGAAGAAUCGAGUGACUCUGAAGAAGAGAAGGCUCCAUCCAAGGCUCCUGCCAAGGCUCCUGUGAAGCCCCCUGCAGCUGCAGGCACCACAAGGAAGAAAGACAGCAGUUCUAGCAGUGAGGAAUCAGACUCUGAAGAUGAGCAGGCCACCAAGGCUCCGCCAUCAAAGCCAGUGGCUGUUACCAAGCCCAAAACUGCUACUCCUGCUAAAGGAGCAGCUAAAGGAAAGGAAGAAAGCAGCAGUGAAGAAAGUUCCUCUGAGGAUGAGGAACCUGCCAAGGCUCCAGUGAGACCUGCCCAAGUGAAAUCUCUUGCUGCAGCUCCAGAGUCAAGUAGUGAAGACUCGUCAUCUGAAGAUGAGGCUCCACCCACCAAGAAACUCAGAUCAGGAGCAUACAGUGCAGUCCCACCUCCUGCUUCAGUCCAGAAAGCUCCAGUUUCAUCAGCAGCCAGCAAGGCCAAGGACAACUCUUCAGACAGCAGCAAUAAAGAUGGAGGGAAGAAAGUAGUUGCUAAGCCUGCUCACAUGAAAAAGUCAGCACCUGCUAAAUCUAUAGUGAAGAAGCCUGCUGCAGAAAAAGAAUCCAGUUCUGAAAGCUCAGAUUCAAGCUCGGAUGAAGAAGAGGCCAAAAAACCUCCAGCCAAGGUCACACCAGCUAAAGCAGCCCCGGUGAAACAGACCCCAGCAAAAAAAGAUGAUUCGUCAAGCUCAGGUUCAGACAGCAGCUCAGAAGAUGAAGCUCCAGCAAAGCCUGCUACUAAAGCAGCUAAAGCCAAGCCUGCUGCGAAGGCUGCUGUUUCUGCUAAUAAGGCUGCCAACACUGCAGCAGAAAGCAGUUCAGACUCUGACUCCUCCUCUGGAGAAGAGGAAGAAACAGUCAAAGCCAAGCCGGCAAAUGUUAAACCUGCCACCCCUGCUUCAAAAACAGCCACUCCUGUCGCAAAAGCUGCUGCUCCAGCAAAAUCAGCAGCAGCAAAAAGCAGCUCGGAGUCAGACUCAUCAUCUGAGGAUGAACCACCUGCAAAAGAAAAGACACCUGCUGCAAAGGCUGCUGUUCCUGCAGGAAAGACUGCAACACCUGCUGCAAAGGCAGCUGCAAAGGCUGCAGAAAGCAGUUCAGACUCUGACUCCUCCUCUGAAGAAGAGGAAGAACCAGCCAAAGCCAAACCGGCAAAUGUUAAACCUGCCACCCCUGCUUCAAAAACAGCCACUCCUGUCGCAAAAGCUUCUGCUCCAGCAAAGUCAGCAGCAGCAAAAAGCAGCUCGGAGUCAGACUCAUCAUCUGAAGAUGAACCACCUGCAAAAGAAAAGAAACCCACAGCGAAACCUGCUGCAAAGGCUGCUGUUCCUGCAGGAAAGGUUGCAAAGGCUGCAGAAAGCAGUUCAGACUCUGACUCCUCCUCUGAUGAAGAGGAAGAACCAGCCAAAGCCAAACCGACAAACAUUAAACCUGCCACCCCUGCUUCAAAAACAGCCACUCCUGUCGCAAAAGCUUCUGCUCCAGCAAAGUCAGCAGCAGCAAAAAGCAGCUCAGAGUCAGACUCAUCAUCUGAGGAUGAACCACCUGCAAAAGAAAAGACACCUGCUGCAAAGGCUGCAACACCUGCUGCAAAGGCAGCUGCAAAGGCUGCAGAAAGCAGUUCAGACUCUGACUCCUCCUCUGAAGAAGAGGAAGAAACAGUCAAAGCCAAACCGGCAAAUGUUAAACCUGCCACCCCUGCUUCAAAAACAGCCACUCCUGUCGCAAAAGCUUCUGCUCCAGCAAAGUCAGCAGCAGCAAAAAGCAGCUCAGAGUCAGACUCAUCAUCUGAGGAUGAACCACCUGCAAAAGAAAAGACACCUGCUGCAAAGGCUGCAACACCUGCUGCAAAGGCAGCUGCAAAGGCUGCAGAAAGCAGUUCAGACUCUGACUCCUCCUCUGAAGAAGAGGAAGAACCACCCAAAGCCAAACCGGCAAAGGUUAAACCUGCCACCCCUGCUUCAAAAACAGCCACUCCGGUCGCAAAAGGUGCUGUUCCAGCAAAGUCAGCAGCAGCAAAAAGCAGCUCGGAGUCAGACUCAUCAUCUGAGGAUGAACCACCUGCAAAAGAAAAGACACCUGCUGCUGUUUCUGCAGGAAAGGCUGCAACACCUGCUGCAAAAGCAGCUGCAAAGGCUGCAGAGAGCAGUUCAGAAUCUGACUCCUCCUCUGAAGACGAGGAAGAACCAGUCAAAACCAAACCAGUAAAUGCUAAACCUGCUACCCCUGCUUCAAAAACAGCCACUCCUCUAGCAAAAGCUGCUGCUCCAGCAAAGUCAGCAGCAGCAAAAAGCAGCUCUGAAUCAGACUCAUCUGAGGAAGAAGAACCUACAAAAGCUAAGAUGACCGCAGCGAAACCUGCUACCCCUGUGGCAAAGGCAGCAGCAAAAAGCAGCUCUGAGUCAGAUUCCUCAUCUGAGGAUGAGGAACCGACAAAAGCUAAGCCUACAACUACAGCUAAACCUGCUGUAAAAGCUGCAGCUCCUCCAGUAAAGUCUGCUGCUGCUGCAGAAAGCAGUUCAGACUCUGACUCCUCUGAUGACGAGCCAGUAAAAGCAAAGGCAGCAUCUGCUAAACCUGCAACCUCCACCUUAAAGGCUGCAACCCCUGCAGCAAGAACUGCUCCUCCAGCAAAGUCUGCUGCUGCUACAGAGAGCAGCUCCGACUCCUCAUCUGAGGAAGAUGACGAACCUCCUAAAGCCAAGCCAGCUGCAACUAAAGCAGCUACUCCUGCAGCAAAGGCAAUAUCCCAUGCAGAGAGUAGCUCAGACUCUGACUCUUCUGAUGACGAAGCUCAAGCCAAGGCUAAACCUGUUGUCAAGAAAGCUGCCACACCUAAAGUGGCCAAGAAACCUACCAAAGCUCCAGCAGCAGAGUCCAGUGAUGACAGCUCUAGUGACGAAGAACCUGCCAAGAAGGCAGCAGUGGUAGCCAAGCCUGGAGCUGCAAAGGCAGCUGUAGCAAAGAAGGCUCAGGAGAGCAGCUCAGACUCCUCAGACAGCUCAGACUCUGAUACUCAAACUAAGACCACCCCUGCCAAGACUGUUGUCGCCAAUGGCAAAGCUCCCAAAGCUGCAUCAGCUAAUCCUGCAAAGUCAUCAUCUAGUGACAGCAGUUCAGAGGAGGAAGAGGAGGCCACUACGAAAAAUACCGUUAAAACCUCCACACCUGCUGCAUCCACCAAGACACCACCAGCUGCUAAAGCCAAAGGUAGCAGCAGUGCUUCCUCAGACAGCUCAGAAGACGAGGCACCAAAAAGAGCUGCCACAGCACCCACCACUCCCAAAACCAACGGCACCAAUGGAAAGCAAAAGGAUGAGUCAUCUGAAAUUGAAGAGGAAGAGGUGAAAACCAAGACUCCAAAAAACAAGAAGGCAACCACUACACCACAGACGUUUCCUAAAGAGAAUAAGAAAACCAACGUGCCGUUCCGAAGAAUACGGCAGGAAGAUGUGGAGGUGGAUCCCCGUUUUGCAGAUAAUUCUUUCGAUGCUAAGUUUGGCUCCAACGGCGACUGGGGCGAGAAAGCAAACUAUGACCUUCGCUUCACUAAAGGCAAAUCAUUUCGCCACGAAAAGACAAAGAAGAAGAGGGGAAGUUACCGAGGCGGUGCCAUCUCCACCACAGUCAACUCUAUCAAGUUUGACAGCGACUGAGCUGUGUCUCCCCUUUUGGCUCCUUUCACCUGAAUUGUACAGCACCUGUGUGAAGCAAUGCUGCCAGUCGGCUGGAUGCUCCCGCUGGUAACAGACGUAGAGGCAGCACAUAACCUGCAAGCAUAUCUGAUCCAAUGCAGACCCUUGAAUGUUUGAAAUUAACAAUUCAAUGGACUGAUGAUGAAAGAAACAAGAAUGCACAAUGACCACAUAUAGCCACUAGGUGGCUCAAGACCACCAGUCCAUAGUAAAUCUGCUGAGUAGGCCUUUAAAAAAAAAAAAAAGAAAAAAAAAUUAAGUUUUUCCAUUUAUUCAUAUAUGAAUGACAGCCAUUAAUCUCCAUCCUUUUGUUCUGUUAAUUUUUUAUAAUGGAAUCUCAGUUGAUUUUAUGUAAAAUUUCUCCAUCUGUAAUGUGAACAUCGGAGAGGUGUUUGUACUAGUUUUUCCUUAAACAUCACAUGGAGGACACAAGUAUGUUUUAUGUGUAUUUAUUACAUUUUAUUCCUUUUCACCAAUUAGGACCUUGUGUAUUGAUGUUAAAAUUCAGCUUUUCUCGCUUCUGAUACUUUGUAGAAAUGUAACAUUCACCAACAGUUGAGAACUUGUUUCUGUUGAGAUUAAUUGUACUGUAUACGUUUUUUCUAUCAACCCUAACUGCAAUUAAAAUAUUAAAAACACAGCCUUAUAGCUGUCAUUUAAUUGCCACCACGGAAAUUUUGUACAUUUUCGUUUCAGAACAUUGAGUGGUGACAAUA